GGGCCGCAGCGCCGCAGGGUGUGUGUGCGUGCGCCGAGCAGCGGCCGCCGCGCUCCCCAGUCGCCUCGCCCGCCGGGAUCCAGGCCGCGGUGCCGCCGCCCCCGCCAGAGAUGCGUUUAGGGAGGACACCAGAGGGAAAGAAGGUUGCUUCAGGCCAGCCCCAGUCUACAAAAAGGCUGGGCAGUAACCCCAGACUAGCAACCGUAGGUUUUAUUUGAGGUAUGUAUGAUCAGAUAUUAACUGGGGUGAUCAAGUGUCAGUGGCGUGCAGUCACCGUGUUAGCAUGUGGGAGCAAAAAUGCAUCUGACUCAGAGACUGCAAUGUAAAUUGGUUGCUUUCAGCUAAAUUCCUUAUUAAUAAUUAAAAUAACUUUUCUGGUGGUAGGAAAACAUACUGCACCUCAUGCAGCACCAUAGAAGCUAAAUUCCUACAUAAAAAUAUCAGAACGUUUGUAAGGUUUUGUAACUUCAGUGACUGUAGGAAUAUUUGUGUCUUUAUAUGUUUGCUGCUGCAGGACACCUCAGUCAGAAAUUUUAAUACUUCCUUAUGGAAAGAAAAGCUUGCUUUUAUUUUAAAAUAAUAAUGAGACAAACUUGUCUAGAAAAGAAAACAAGGAAGAAUGCCAGUGCCUUUUUCACUCUUCAUAUCAAAGGACUGCAAAAAUAUAGCCUGUAUAAUAUUUUGUUUAUUAAAUUGAUACCAAUAAAGUGAUAGACUGGUUGCACAGAUGGGCCUAGUGCAGUUUGCUCAACCUCAUUAUGUCAGUACCGCAUGUUCUGAUCUCUGCUAUUUUGAUGUUGAGUCUUUUUUUUUUUUUUUUUUCCUAAGCAGGCCUUUGCCAGUAUGCAGUUUUUUGUGCUGCAUGUGAAUAAACUCAGAUGAAGAGGAGUUAAGUAAAUAAUGAUUUAAAUAAUGAGGUAGAAAGUUAGUACUCUAAUCCGCCUGGUAUCGUCAUACAUCCCAGUAAGACUAAGCGUUACAGUAGUGUGUCUUUUAUAUGGCCGCACUUUUUGCCCCACCCUGCAAUAUAAAUACUCUCAGUUUAUUAUUAACAAAAGUGAUUUACCUGUGAUAUGAAUACAUUAGUUUGGCAUGAACUUUAUGCCUGGGGGAAGAUUUUUUGGGAUAACUCACUAUUUCCACCUGGACUCUAGCCAAAACCAAUCCUACUGGUUGGAACAUAAAGAUGUUACCGUGUAAGUAUAUUGUACUUUGGAACUGUGUGCUUGUCUCCACCUGCAGCUGUCCUGUGCAAAGUGCUAUAGGUAUGUAGCAGUGCAGUGCUUUUCAGCCCACAGUCUCUCGUUUAAGUGACAUUAAGAAGAACAAGGCUACUGUCACUAAAUUUAAGUUGUCCUUACAAUAUCAGUAUUCCUACGUGCUAUUGGUACUUGUCAUAGAAAUUUCAUAAUUGUCUAUGGAGACUGAAAACUCUUGAGGGUCAGUUUAUUCAAAAAUUAUAUUGGUCAGUUUCAGGAGGCAACAAAUAAUGAUGGCAGAAGAUGGCCAGAGCAGGUUUAGGCAUGGCUUUAUAGAAUGUUAAUUUUAUCUGAACAUUUGCAUAAAGAUUCGAGCUGAAGGCCACGCUAGAUGGUUAAUCAGUAGGUGCAGAGGAGGCUAAAGUUAUGUGCUGCACAAGGUCGGCAAUAAUAUCACAACUAUGAAGUCAUUUUCCUUUUUCCCUCAUUAUGUUUGCAGUAUAUUUUACUGAACUUGUUGUUAUACCCAAGCUGUUGACAGUUGCGGAAGAUUUCACUGUUCAGAUCUUAACAGACACAUUCAUUUUCUAAUCAGUUAUUUAACAAUACCUGGUAGCCUUUGAAGGAACCAAAAUAGAGAAACACAACUAAUAAAAAAAAAUGCCUAGUACCACAAAAAAGCAAGGAAGGUUCCUUGCACUCCAUUUCAAGAGUCGAUGCCUUUCCUAUAAAGAAUAUUUAUUGGGAACGAUGUCUACUUGACAGUGGAUGCCAUCAACAUCAUGCAGAUACUUGUGUCAGCAUGUGUGUACCUGAAUUAUGGAGAAGGAUUUUCUGUUUGUUUUAGAAAUAGUAUCUCCAAAGCUCUUACUCUCUGUAAUUAUAGAACUGUAAUUUAAAAUCCACUUACCUCAUGUGAAUGUUUAAUUUUGGAAUGAAUUGCCUAUCCAGAAAUCAAAUAAGGUAUGUUCACAUAUUGUUGGAAGAUUGAACUACAAAUUCUGUACCAGUCUGCUGCUUUUCCUGUUACAAUUUGAAUGAACUUAGAAACUUUGUGACUGAGAAGUAUGAUUACAUCCCAUUUCACCAAAUCUGGUUUUACAUUCAUUUCUCACAGUGAAACAUGCAGGUCUAUUAACCUGCAUCUAUACUUGACUCAUUAGCAACCAGUAUGUCAAACCAGUAACCACACUGCUUUCUCACCAGUAUUUUUACAAAGUGGAAGCAUUUGUCUGAUAGAUUCUCAUGCUUGCUAUAAAGAGAAAAACAGUACCUAAAAAUCAAUUACUUAAUUAGCAUUAGAAGAACAGGUCAUUGAGAGCAGCAGACUUCAGGCCAACGUAGGCUCAUUAGUAUUGUCUCAUCAGUUCAAUAUGUUAUAUAAGCCAGAUUUUUUUCAGUGUCGGUUUUCAUUUGAUUUCUGCAGACAUUAAACACAGUUACUUCUGAUCUGUUUUGGCUUUGUCCUAAACAGCUCAUCAAGAUUGGAAACAAUAAAGGCUGAGAAGCAGAUGUAAUAACUGCUGAGCAGUAAGAUAUAGUUCUCAAGCUCCUGCAGUCUUCUGAAGAACAUUAUCUGUAUGUUUUACUCCUCAGCUGUUACUGAGAUGUAAACAUCCAGUUCUGGGUGUCCAUCCACUCUUGAAAGAUUGGUGGGUGUACUGACUUCAGGUGCUGUUCCCAGGAUGGUUGCACCAUCCCCCUCUCACUGCAUCUUCCACUGAAAGUAACAAGGCAGUUACAAACCCAUGUGUUUUACAGGUUCUGACCUCGACCUUUGAUGCUUUGUUUCAGAGUCUUGUCUACACAGGCAUAGAGUUUUUCUGUGGGGCGGGAAGGAAGCACUUGUAACUUCUACUACCUGCAUAUAUGCUAUUCUGCAUUUGUAAGAGAGAUUGAAAGAACUCUAGGCUGUAUGGGAGAUAGAGGAAAAAAAAAAAAUUUAAAAAUUACAUUUCAAGUGUGGGAUUUAGGGUGAUUCAAAUUUCUGGCAGCUGGUACUAUUGGCUGUGACUGCUGGCUAGUUGUUGGCAUUCCUUAUUGUAAAUAGUGUCCACCCACUUCUUUAUGGAGGGCUACUAAGUUGUGGUUUGACAGAUUCUUAAGAAGACAGUGUCUUAAGAAUUUGAAAUGUAUUAAUGCAUCUAAUAUGAGAAUCUUCUGCUUAGAACGGGCAACUUGCAGGACUCCUCCAUGGCUGUGAUCUGCACGUCUCUGCUCCUUUUUCCAUCUUCCCUCUUUCCCCCUUGCCAACAUGGCAUGGCUUCGUUAGUCCUAGAAUAGAUCAUUCCUGUCAGCCUCCUGUGCAUCACCUUUGUGUGUUUCGCUCCUAGCUGCAGGUAACCUUUGUUAGAUGGCUUCUGUUUGUGGCCUAGGAGUAUUUUUAGCUCUAGGCUUUGCUUGUUUCAGACUGUGGCACACUGAUCCAUUGUUAGAGUGUGGCUUUCAUCUCCUCUAUGGGAGGGACCAGUUAUAACUGAUAGUUGCUUCUUUGCUUUUUCAAACAUCACUCCUUUCCUUGUAUCUUUUUUCCUUCUGGCAAACACUUCCCUCUUUUGGAGCUCAAGCCAGCAUAGCUCUGCAAAGCUCUCUCCAAGCUUCUAACAAGGAGAGCCAUGGAUAAAAGUGAGUUGGUACAGAAAGCCAAACUGGCUGAACAGGCUGAGCGUUACGAUGACAUGGCUGCUGCUAUGAAGGCUGUCACUGAGCAAGGACAUGAACUGUCCAAUGAAGAAAGGAAUCUACUCUCAGUUGCCUACAAGAAUGUGGUUGGUGCCCGUCGCUCGUCCUGGCGUGUAAUUUCCAGCAUUGAACAGAAAACAGAGAGGAAUGAGAAGAAACAGCAGAUGGGAAGAGAAUAUCGUGAGAAAAUCGAGGCUGAAUUGCAGGAUAUCUGCAAUGAUGUUCUGGAACUCCUGGAUAAAUACCUUAUUGUCAAUGCCACACAGCCAGAAAGCAAGGUCUUCUAUUUGAAAAUGAAAGGUGAUUACUACAGAUACCUCUCGGAGGUGGCAUCUGGGGACAAUAAGCAAACAACAGUAGCAAACUCUCAGCAAGCUUACCAGGAGGCAUUUGAAAUUAGCAAGAAAGAGAUGCAGCCAACACACCCCAUUCGACUUGGUUUGGCUCUAAAUUUCUCUGUCUUCUACUAUGAGAUACUAAAUUCUCCUGAAAAAGCCUGUAAUCUGGCAAAGACGGCAUUUGACGAAGCGAUAGCAGAGCUGGACACGCUGAAUGAAGAGUCUUACAAAGACAGCACUCUGAUCAUGCAGCUGCUUAGGGACAACCUCACUCUAUGGACGUCGGAAAACCAGGGAGAUGAAGGGGAUGCUGGGGAGGGAGAGAACUAAUGGCUGUCACGCUUCACUAUAUGUUCAAUGUCACCCUGUAUCCUACACAUAUAUCCCUUUGUGCGACAAGCAAAAAGAAUAGUACAUCGACUUUCACAACCUCAACGUAGCAAAAACUGUCUGUGGGGUAAAAACGGUUGGUUGGUGUUUUGUGUACUUAAAGCGGAGGUCGGUUAUUAUAAUGGCAUUCCGAACUUUCCUAUUAUGAACAUUUACAGUUACGAUUACCGUGUUUAUAUUUUUAACUGAACACUGUGAUUAUGGGUUUUGUGAUUGCAAUUGACUUUACAAAACUCUUAUUGGUAGAAGAGUAGACAUCAAUUAUGUAACUCUGGCGAGCUUAAUUUGGCACCAAAAUAGUCGAAGUACAAUUCUGUUGUAAAGUUGUACAGAAAGUUAUAGAGAUUCUAUUGUGACACUGGGGCAUGGAAGGAAAACAGUCCGAUGUAUGGCAUUCCAGUUAGUAACACUGCUAUGAAUUAGUUUAACAGGCACACUCUGUAGACAUUUGUAACCAAGUCUGAGGCACCGCUUUCAGUCAAAAGCUCACUUUGUCAAUCCUAUCUUUCUGUGGAUGGGGUUUGUUUUGGGGAGGAGGGUGAUGGGGGAGUUAGCAGCUUGAUUUCCAAACUCUUUACACUGGCAGAUAACUGGGAUUUGACUUCUAAAAGUGCUUUCAUGCUCAUACGACAUGCAUGACUAAGCCCCUUCCCACAGCAAUAACUUACUUAAUUAUACCUUAGAUAUUCUUCAGUAGUGAGAAUUCUUGGUUCACUACCAUGGACUUGCAAUAGGAGAAGAUUCAAUUUUUUGAAUGGCCUUAUUAGUUUGGAUGAUACCAUGAAGUGAUCUACCACUUUUGCAUUACUUUACUCUUAGGUGAAUUGAAAUCUCCAUGGUAUUCCCAUUUGGAAUUUAUCCUGAAAGCUUCUUUAGUAAUCCACUGAGCCAUCUUUAAGUUCACUUUACAGAAAUUUUUCUCCCAUUGGACUCUGUUCAUCCUUGACCCUCUCACCUGUUUAAACUCCAUUAAAGCAAUUUUGGACUCCCACAUAUGCGUCAUCCUUUCUUUGAUUAUGGGUGAUGUCAGGAUGCUGGGUGAGACCUGAGCCUGCUGGAGGACAGGUUUCUUUCUUGGAUAUUUGAGAGCUGCCAGUGCUGUUGCAGUCUUCAGCUCUUGUCUGCCAUUUUUUGGUAGUACCAGGAUCUGGCUCAAAUGUUCAGGAUUUCCCGUUUAUUGUACUGGAAUGCAGACCUACACAUUUGUAAUGCUUGUAAUAUUUGAGCUCCAAACGUCCUCACCUAGUUAUGUUUCAAACAUGUCCCAUUAAAUAAAACCUAAUAAGAGUUGCGUGAAUAAUGCAGUGGAAAAGAUUAGGAAUAGUCACCUAUCAGUCUCGCGGUAUCAUCCCCCUACCUUCACAUUCCACUUAGGUAUAGGAUCCAUCUGUUUGUCUGUCCAUCUGUCUGCUGAAGAGAAUUUCAUGCACUGAUUUUAAAACUCCCUUCUACUAGCUGAACAAAUUGUGCAGUUAAUACUUGGCGCUUGAUAAAUGCAGUAGUGAAUGUGGAACCGAGCCUGUCUGUAUAUCUGGUAGCUCUUUUCGCUUUGUUUUUACUGACCAGUAUUCUGCCUAAAGUUUGCUUCUGUGACGGUUAUAUUGCCUAGCACACACGUGGUUGUGAGAAUAGUAUAGCAAAAAGAAAUACCUGGUUAUUGAUGUACUAGAUUUGUGUAUGUCUUUUAAACAGUUCUAGUUUCACCUUACACAAAAUAAUCAGGAAAAGUGUAAAAGAAUACGAAAGUGAAUAAUAAAAAAAAAUUUUAUCA